AUUAAGUUGAUUAAGUUGGCUUGGUAGAAAGAAAAAUAUCAAUCAUGGCGGUGUUGUCAAUAGCAUUACUUCUUUGUUUAGUUUUUGUAGCACCAUGGGCUAUUUGUGCAGCUCGUGUCCACCGCAGAUUCACUAUUCGAACCCAGAAUGUGGCCAGAGUGUGCAACACACAGACGAUUGUAACAGUCAAUGGACGGUAUCCUGGCCCGACUCUACGCGUUCAUGAAGGAGAUAAUCUUGUCAUAGACGUGAUGAACAAGGGGCCCUAUAAUAUUACCCUACACUGGCAUGGAGUAAAGCAAAUCAGAUCAGCCUGGGCAGAUGGACCGGGCUACAUAACGCAGUGUCCCAUUACUCCUGGAACUAAGUAUACAUACAAUUUUACAAUCACAGGUCAGGAAGGGACAAUGUGGUGGCAUGCACAUAUGACAUAUCUGAGAGCUACUGUGAAUGGAGCUUUGAUUAUUUUACCUCGGCAUGGAAAAACUUAUCCAUUUCCCAAACCCCAUGCUGAGUUUCCUAUUAUUUUGGGUGAAUGGUGGAAUGCGAACGUAGAAAAUGUACUAGCGGAUGCGAUCCGGAGAGGAGGUGUACCAAAUGAUUCUGAUGCAUACACCAUCAACAGCCAACCAGGAGACUUUUUUCCUUGCUCUGCAAAUGACACUACUCGAUUUAUGGUGGAAAGAGGAAAAACUUACCUGCUGAGGAUUAUAAGUUGUGCGAUGAUUCAUGCAUCCUUCUUCAAGAUUGCGCAGCACAAAAUGACCGUUGUGGCAGUGGAUGCUCUGUAUACCAAACCAUAUGAGACAGAUGUGUUGGUCAUACAGCCAGGAAACACCAUGGAUGUUCUCAUAACAGCUGGGCAAGAAUCAGGGCGUUACUAUAUUGGUACCCGUGUAUACAACAGUCAACCACAAGGAUUUGAAUUCUUAAAUACCACCACAACUGCAAUACUUGAAUACCAUGACAGCACUAAUACAUCUGCUCCUGUGUUGCCAGAUUUUCCUGCAUUUAACGAUACACCAACUGCAUUCAAAUUCAGUACAGAACUGAGAAGCCUGAAUGCUUCUGUCCCGCAGACUGUUGAUGAGGAAAUGUUUAUAACAGAGGGAUUGGCACUCGCUAGCUGUCCAAACAAUUCCUGCGCAGUGAUCAAUGGUGGAAGACCACUUGGAAGUAUGAAUAACAUUUCAUUCGUUUUGCCAGAAAUAUCUAUUUUGCAGGCUUAUUAUUACGGUAUAGAUGGAGUUUAUACCACAGAUUUCCCAGAUAAUCCUCCGCUGGUGUUCAAUUACACUGGAGCUGUGCCAAUGGGUCUUUGGCAGCCAGAUUUUGGAACAAGAGUAAAGGUUUUGAAAUUCAAUAGCAGUGUGCAAAUUGUAUUGCAGAAUACUGGGAUUCUUACAAUACAGAACCAUCCUAUACACCUUCAUGGCCAUGAUUUUUAUGUUGUGGGGCAAGGCUUUGGAAACUAUAAUUCUCAGACGGAUCCUGCAAAUUUCAAUCUGGUAGAUCCACAGCUUUUGAACACCGUGGGAGUUCCUACUGGUGGGUGGGCAGUCAUCAGGUUUAUAGCCAACAAUCCAGGAGUUUGGUUGAUGCAUUGCCAUUUUGAGUCCCACUCCGAACUGGGUUUUGAGACCGUAUUCAUUACGGAGAAUGGGCCUGGAAAUUCGGAGUCAUUGCCUCCUCCUCCAAGGGAUCUGCCCAAAUGCUAGAUGUAUUUCUUCAUCCAUCCCACUCCUCUAGCAAAAGAGGCCCCGUUUCACUCAAUUUAUUUUCUUUUAAUUGAGAAAAUAAAAGUUUGUAUCGUGUAGGAUGAUGUGGGUUAAUUAUUGUAUCUCUAAUUCAAGA